UUCUAGGAAGAUUCGGUGUAUAUAUAUACGUGAAACUAUAUAAAAUGCCAAUAGUAACAGUGACAGAACAGAAAAGUCAAACGAUAAUACGUGCUUGCUUGCUAAAAGUGAAGUGUUUACAUGUUUUCGAAAUGUUCUCCGGUCUACAUAGGCAUCUUACGUUAGCAAAACUAGUUACAAUACUCGCAGUUGUAUUUAUGUCCCUGAUAUUUUUAUUGAAUCUCCUUCGCAAUUCGUGUUUACAAACAAGUAAACAUUCGAAGUUUGCGAGCUAUAUGACGAACAAGUAUUACAGACACAACGAUCUGUUCAGAAAUAAAACCACUAUAAACACGUUAACCACGGAAGAAAUGAAAACCAUAAGAAAUCAAUUGAACACUAGGAGAACAGAACUGGAACAUUAUUGUGAUACUAUAACGAGGGGAGAAUCAAACUUGGACAAUGUAUUGUCGAACAUGGUUAUCGAUAUAACGCAUGGAAUAUCCUGGUGUCCGAUCUACAAAGCAGCAAGUUCCACAUGGAUGAAGCAUUUCGCUACACUCGGGGGAGUCUUGACAGAAACAGCCAUGGAAUUAAUUCGACGGGAUAUUUUGCAAAUUAACACCAUCGUAAGGAAAGCAUUUCCACGUGACAGAGACACGAAAAGAGCAUAUCAGAAGCUGAACAAAACAAAGAAAUUUCUUAUUGUUCGACAUCCAUUUGAACGUCUUGUGUCCGCGUACAGAGAUAAAUUAGAGCACAUACAAGGAAGGGAUUAUUACUACAAACGAUUCGGACGUCACAUCGCGCACAAAUAUCACAAAUACAGGCAGCCAAAUGAAACUAAGAUUGAACCGACGUUUACAGAAUUUCUUCGUUUUAUAAUAGAAGAAAAAUACUUCGAUGAACAUUGGGCACCGUUCGUAGACACAUGCGAGCCCUGUUUGAUUAAGUACAAUUACAUUUUGAAAUUCGACACAUUCGACAGGGAUCAACAAUUCCUGAUACAAGAGCUCGGUCUAAGCGAUUAUUUAUACGAGAAAGGUGAUUUAAAGAAUAUAAAUCCACGAGGAGUUACAACUGCUGCUUUAGUUAAAGAAUACAUGCAGAAUGUUCCUAGAUCAGUGCUCGACGAAAUUAACAAGGUUUACGAAACUGACUUCAAACUGUUUUCUUAUUUACCUCUAUGA